CAGUCACCGCUCGAAAUUGUUUGAAAGAAGCAGGAUUAUUAACGUCCGGAAAGAAUUAUUGGCGCGCGUGGAUGCGGAAAAUUUGAAUCCCCGCGGCGUCCCCGUGCGGGGCCCCCACCCAGCGAGCCGAGCGCCUCAGCCCAGAGCGGAGAGGAAUUGUUUUGAAAAAAUUCCAAAUCGCCCAACCCGCCAAAGCCCUAGCAUUUUAACGGUCGUUAUUCCCUCCCCCUCCUCCUCGAUUUAUAGAUCGAAACCUCAGAUCGGAUCCUAUUCCUCUCGCUCCUUCCUGAUCUCAAAUCUUUUCGAUCCUCCUUUUUUUCUUCCUUCUCAGAAGCAAAAAGAAAGAAAGAAAGAAACAAAAAAGGGAUGGCUUCCCUUCCUUCACCCUUCUUGGAGUCGGGAUGCAGGCAUCACACUUAUAGCAGGAAGCAGAAGUCUUUAGGCCUUUUGUGCUCCAAUUUCGUGAGCUUGUAUGAUCGGGAUGAUGUGGAGUCGGUGGGUCUGGAUGAUGCGGCAAGGCGGCUGGGUGUUGAGAGGAGACGGAUCUACGAUAUCGUCAAUGUAUUGGAGAGUGUGGGGGUUCUUGCGAGGAAGGCCAAGAAUCGGUAUUCUUGGAUAGGAUUUUCAGGGAUCCCCAAGGCCUUGGAUGAACUCAAGGAGGAGGCAUUAAAGGAAAUAUCUGGCACUGAUGGCCAAUGUGUAAAAGUUUUGGAGGAUGAAGACGAAGGCAAAUUAUCGGAUCAGAAUGGAAAUUUUGGUGACUACAAACCGAGCCCAGCUGCUAUCGGUGCUGCUUCGUCUCUGUGCACCGUUGCUUGCAAGGCCAGAUCUGUCACGGACAAUAGAAGGGAGAAAUCGCUGGGCCUACUCACCCAGAAUUUUGUCAAGCUCUUCCUAACCACAGAUGUUAGUCCACCACCACCUCUAUUCCACGCAGACACGGUCUCGCUUGACGAAGCUGCAAGGCUGCUGCUUGGUGACGGCCAUGACUCAUCUCAGAUGAGAAAUAACAAUGCAGCUAAAGUCCGGCGUCUGUAUGACAUCGCAAAUGUGCUUUCUUCCAUGAAUCUCAUUGAAAAGACACAGCAAUUGGAGACAAGGAAGCCAGCAUUCCGAUGGUUGGGAACCAAGGGGAAACCAAAGGCAGAUACUGGUGUCACGGUUGCCAUACCCCCAGCUACAAAGCAGUGGAACAAGAGAGCUUUUGGGAAUGACAUUACAAAUGUGGACCAUAAGAGGAGCAAGUUGAAUAACCCUGUUGAUAAGAAGCCCAGUAAAGCAUGCUUGAGAAGUGAUGAUUUGAAGGAAUGCAAUCUGACAGCACAGAAGCAAUUACAGAGUUCCAAGGGCAGUUAUGUUUUUGGGCCUUUCCGGCCAGCUGGAGUGACCAAAAGAAAUGGUGAUGUUGAGGAGAAAGGUGGGAACAAAGUUCAGGACUGGGAAAGCCUGGCCUCUUCCUUCAGACCACAAUAUCACAACCAAGCACUGAGUGAACUUUUUGUACAUUACGUGGAGGCAUGGAAGUCAUGGUAUGUAGAAGUAGCUCAAGGUAGCAGCAACUUCCAACAGCCACGCAAGUCAGUCAUUAAUCAACUUUUGUAACACAUUGCUGACUCCUGCUGUUAAUGUUCAUGCUUACAUAACCCAUUAACCUGUACAAUGAUUUUUGUUUCAUGAAUACAAGUUGUGGGUAGAUGGCUUUGGGUUUCAUAGUAUUCUCUCGAUACAGGAAACCAGAAUGCUCACUACAAUUUAUUUACAGUUCAUUUUGGUUGUUCUACUUCUGGAUUAUGUCAGUCUGCUCUUGUAACUUAAUCAAACAUCUUAAUUCUUGCAUUUGAAUAACUACCAGACUUUUUUCA